AACUGCCAACAAGCCACGCCUACUCAGUCACACCUGAAGUAGGAAGUGAACAGGAGCGAGAGUGUUUGGGUCGUAAAAAAUCACACGGUUAGGUUCCAGCCAGGUUUACACGAAUCAGGUGUUAAAGGAAUAUAUUUGAAAUCGAUCAACUCACGAGGAUUGGGUCCAGUUGUUGUGGUGGAUCCAGAUUUAUUUUGAUGUUUUGGUCGUGUUCCGAGCAGCAGGUUUAUCCCGUCUAAAUGUGAGCUGAGGCCAUGACUCCUUUCAGCAUGGAACACCACCUGCCACACCUGCUUCUUACAGCCCUGCUGUUUGGCAGCUGUACAGCACACAGUGCUCAGAGUGAGACCGAGAGAUGGCCGACAUUGCUGGCCAGUGUCCUUCACAGCAGGAGCAUUGUGGUGAAGGAGGGAACCAGCAUGGUGAUUGAGUGUAAUGUGACCAGAGGCUACGAUGACAUCAAAUGGUACAACUCUAGAGGAGCUCUGCUGGGAGAGGACACAGGUGGGAAGUGGCAGAUUCAGGAAGACGGCGCUCUGAACAUCACCGAGGUCUCCUUCGAGGAUCGUGGAAGCUACACUUGUGUCACCUCUGGCAAUGCAGGACAGACUAAAAACUACACCGUCAUUCUGCGCGUGGCCCACACUGACAGCGGCCUGGGCCUGUACUACGUCUGCGUCUGCCUCGUAACUUUCACCAUCACCAUGAUCCUGAACGUGGCGCGGCUCUGCAUGGUCAGCAGCCACCUGAAGAAGACUGAGAGAGCCAUCAAUGAAUUCUUCCGCACAGAGGGCGCGGAGAAGCUGCAGAAGGCGUUUGAGGUCGCCAAGCGCAUCCCCAUCAUCACCUCAGCCAAGACGCUGGAGCUCGCAAAGGUCACGCAGUACAAGACGAUGGAGUUCGCCAGGCACAUGGAGGACUUGGCACGGAGCGUUCCUUUGCCGCCGCUCAUAUUGAACUGCCGCACAACUACCAUGGAGGGCGUGGAGACGGAGACCCCGGGGCUUCAAUCAGCAGAGCAGGUUGGGAACAGACAAGCUAUUGGCCCGCCUUCCUCCAACAGAAGAGGAGUGGAUGAGGAGGAGGAAGGUGAGGUGUGUAUGGCACUGCUUUCAGAUGAAGGAAGAGAGAACAUGGACAUCCAAGUGUCAGUCCACACGGUUUCUGAGAAGGUCGGCGGUGAGAUUUAAGAGGCUCUGUGUAUAAUACAUCAUGGCUCAGUCAGGAAGGAACUACUUCUGAAGUGUUUUUAACUUUGUUCACAUCUUUAAAGUAAAAUCACUGUAAAACUGUCUAACCCUGCAUUCCUCAUUGACCAGGAAGAGACUCAUCUGAUAGCAAAAAUAAUUCCUUACCAUGAACCCUCUUUUUACUCGAUUCAUUACCUCAGUAAACAUUCUCCUGAAGGGUUUAAGGUCUCAAUUUCUAGUUUGAAGUCUUCUCCAGACAGCGUGAUGUUCAUUUAGUAAAUUAUGGAAACAUUUAGCAUAAAAUAAUGAUGCAAAGAUAAAGGAGGGUAUGCUUUUGGGCAUGGCUACAUUGAUCUGACAAUUUACUACCAGGGUGAAUUUAUAAAUAUCUUGUUCAGCAUUCAGGUGCACCAAAAGACUUCCCCUGGAGGUUUAAAUUGAAGGAUAAAUAUCUGGGUAACAUUAAACUACACAUGCACCUAGCUAACCAAGCAAGCAGUAGGUGGUAACUUAAUGAUUGCCAACCCCAUCAUCCUUAUGUAGCUCCACCCGGUCAUGGUAUUGCAUUUUGUUCAGCUCCAGAAAGCUGGAUUGAAAAAGGCAAAUUAUCCCAACUGCAGUUCACAAACUAAUCUGUGACUUAUUCUGAAGGGACUUAUUCCCUGGUCAUUUAAAUAUGAUUAAUAAUCUGAUUCAAUGACUAAUAUAAAGAUAAUAGAACACACAAAAAAUUAUAAAUUGAGCACUUUUUAUUUAUUUGCAAACACAGGAUCACACAGUCUGUUGGUAAAUGAUGUCAAAUUGGUUUGCAGAGUGUGGCUACAGUCAGCAGAGCUAGCACCUCCAGCCUUCAGUCCUUCUUGCAGGGUUUUUUUAUGGGAUUUUAUUUUUCAUAUGAAAUCAUGAAGCACAUUACAAAAAAGAACACACAGACAAAAAGAAAAAACACUAAAGUGGGAGAUAUUGACGUAUUACAUGAUUAAUUUAAGUCGAGAUGAGAAAAAACAAAAACAUUUCAAGUCUCAGUCUAUUCCACUUCAGGUAAUUGAUAACCACUCGUCGCCAAAAUAUGCACUGAGGGAGGACCACUUUUUGAUAAAGUUACCUGGGGUUCCUUGUCGUACAUUGGAUAACCUCUCGUAAGGAACAAUAGAUGAUAAGGAGACCAGAUAAGGAGCUAAUACCAAGAAUACACAGCUUCAGAUCCAAUUCUUUUCGGAUGCCAAUACAUUUCUUGAUCGACCACAUUAAGUGAAAAUAAGUGGCUACUUGUUUCUGAUAUUUGCAACACAGAGCAGUGAAUAAAUCUUCAUAUUUAUUCUGUAUUUCAGGAGUCACAUGUAGUUUAUUGAUUAUUUGUGUUUCAUGUGAUUUAAAUGAACAAGUAAUUUUUUUUGGCACUGUACAGAACUUUACUCCACAUCUGGUCCUCAAGCUGAACACCAAAGUCCUUUUCCCAGCUAAGUUUAAUAUCAAUAAUAAUUGUAUCAUUCAUUAGCAGCUGUUCAUAAAUGUGAGUUGUUACUUUCCUAUUGAGUGUUGCUGCUUUUGUAAUAAGGUUGUCAAAGAAAUUAAGUUUUAUUCCACUUUUAUAAUAUGUGGUUGAGUUCAAGUAACUCCUCAUUUGAAGAUAAUAAUAAAAGUGUUUGUAGGUUAACAUCCA